GGACUUCCUGAUUGAUCAAUGGAUGGUUUUCUGGAUAGUCUAAACAAAUCCAGCUAUGAAAGAGUUCGUUUUAUGUUUAUUUGACAAAUGACUGUAUCAUACGGAGAUGGCAAGACGAUAGCAGUAGUGGCCGUUCAACCAGAUUGCAUUACUCUCUAAAUGCGGCGAAAUGGACAACCGUUGUUAUUGUUGUGCAUCAAAGUUCACUCUCUUCAGGAAGGAGUUGGGCUGUAAGAACUGCGGGCGUUCAUUUUGUUCGGGUUGCCUUACUUUCAACGCAGUGGUGCCUCGUUGUGGCAACACCCAGCAGAAGGUCUGCAAGCAAUGUCAUGGGAAUCUCACAAGUGGAGAAAACCAAAAUAAUGCCUCAAGAUGGUCCCCUCCUGAAAACUACAAAAAGCGUGUUGCUGCUCUUGAGGCCAAACAAGGACAACCGAUUCCACCCCCUGGACCAGGGGGCAGCAGAAAUGCCAAACUAGGCCUCAUUCCAACCAAAAGUCUGAGUAAAGAGGACCUGGCCAUCGCUGAGAGGCUGCAAAAGCUGAAAGAGGACAUCAAACCAAAGUCCAUCCCGUCAGAAAAAGAGAUUGAAUCCCGUCUGGCUGCCCUGAAGGCUCCUAUCCAGCCUGCGCCCUCUGCAGGGGAGAUGGAGGACCGCCUGGCAGCCUUACAGGGAAGACCUCCUCCCUCCCAAGCCCCUCCACCUGUACACCAGCCCCCUGAUGUUCGGACCCCGACAGAACAAGCCAAUGAUCUGAUCACUCAGUUGUCAGAGGAAGUUGCCAUAGACACCCAACAACCAAAUCCUGAAGGUGUGGACGGCCCCAUGAACGACUUGAACAAGCAGGAGGGGGACAGGCUGGAGGAGAACCUGGAUAAUGGGGGUGGGCUGCAGGAUGCAGCCAGGCAGCUGGAGGAUGAGAAGAACCGCCUGCUGGCCGACGCAAUGGAGGACCUGAGACGGGACCGCUGCUCCCAGGAACAGGUCCUACAGAUGGCCAAGAGGCUGGCCCAGCUCAAGGGACAGGACCCUGACAAGGUCACCAUGGAAGACUUUCAACAUCCUGACAGCGAGGAUGAGACUGAGGAAGAGGCCAUGACGAGGAUACUGAAAAAGCUCACGGAAGAAGCUGCAUUAGAUGAGGCCAGUGGCUAUAACAUACCUCCUGAGCACAGUGGCCCUAGGAACAUAGAAAAGACAGACGCUCGCAAGAAACCGACACCAGUUCCUUCAACGUCGUCGAGGACCCCAGCAGCUGUCCUAGCCAGUCAGGAUUCAGACAGUGACGAGGAUGAGCUUCCCUGGUGCUGCAUCUGUAACCAGGACGCCUCCAUCCGCUGUCACACCUGUGAUGGGGAUCUGUACUGCAACCGCUGCUUCAGGGAGGGCCAUGAUGAGUAUGUCAGGAAAGAGCACCGCACAGCUAGUUACACGGCACCUAAGAAGAAGAAGAAUACGUGAGACUGCAGGGGCUGGCACCUCUACUAUCUGGAUGGUCACUCCUGAGAGAUGUGUACUAUAUCUUUAAGAGGCUGGACAGUUUUCUUGGAAUUCCGCAGGAUCACAAAGUGAAGGCUGAUCCAAACAGUACUACUUGUCUUACAAAGAAGAAACCCUGAUUAUGUUGCUAAUCUAGUGUAAUACACAGUAAUCUAUCAAGUGUAGUUAAAGAUUGCUUAUAAUAUUAUAAUAAUAUGCCAUUUAGCAGAUGCUUUUAUCCAAAGCGACUUACAGUCAUGUGUGCAUAGAUUUU